AUCAUGAUGCCUGAUCGCCUUAUUAAAAAUAAAUCUAAAAGGCCCAUUUCAUCGGUUAAAAAACAGGUAUCUACCCCGAUCAGGCCCACAAUUAAAAUAUUAACAAAGAAAAAAAAUACUUAUACAGAGGAAAAAAGUUAUGUUUGUACCGUAUCACACAAUUCGUUAAUGAGCAAUAAAUGUGAUAAAAUUCAGAGAAUCAAUCAUCCGCCAACAUCAUCGAUUCCGCGUUCAUCCCAAAGUGAACUUAGAAAACAUUUGAUCGACAGAUCUGACAAUUUGACAAAAAAAAGCUACCAGACAUUAUUUAAAGAACUAGAAGAUCGACACAAGGACGUAACAAAUGAAUUGGAAAAGAGUAAACAAAUUGUAGAAUCUCUUCAAGAGCAGUUGAAUAAAGAUAAAGAUGAUAAAGAAAUUCAGACAUGUGGAAUUAGUUUAGAACAAUUAGAAACUAGCUUAAAGCAAUUAGAAACUAGCUUAGAACAAUCAGAGAUUAGUUUAAAAAAUCUGACCAGUGAAAAAUCAUUGUUGAAUUUGGAAUUGAAAAAUACAAAACGCGAUUUAGAUGUAAAAAUUGAAGACCUUUUGGCUAUAUCGGAACAAAACUCAACAUUAAAUUCAAAAAUAGAGUUUUUAAAUAAAAAAGUAGAUGAUUUAGAAAAGACAAACUCUGAAAAAAACAUGAGAAUAGAAAAUUUGUUCAACGAGAGGAACAAGUUAAAAAAUAAUUUUGUCGAGGUUUCGAGGGAAAGAGAUUCGUUUCAAGAGGAAAUAAUUGUACUUAAUAAUAAAUAUACUAAAACUAAUCAAAAAUUGCUUGAAUUGAAAUCCGAUGUCGGACAAAAGAGGUACGAAUUUGUGCAACGUUCCAUGCUAUUAAGUGAUCAAUCUGACUUAAACAUUAAACAGCAAAAACAAAUAAGACUCAAGGAAGAAAUAAUUUUGGAACUCGAAUCGAUGGUCAAACGUUUGACACUUGAAAACCAGGAUUAUGCUAAUAUUAUCGAUCGUUUAAAAAAUGACGGUAUCGAGUUGAAAAAAGUAAUAAACGAGUGGGAAACCAGGGCUGGUUGUUGGAUUAAUACAUUUGUUCGAGAAGAAUUUGAAUCAAAAAUUGAGGAUCUUAAAAACGAAAUCCAACAAUUAAGUGUUAAAAACUUACAACUAACAGAAACGUACAACAAAACAAUUUCAGAAAAAUGCGAACAAAUAUCUGAAAAAGAAAGAAUCGUUGAGAUGAAACAAUCGACCAUUGAACAAAUGACGGAAAUAAUCAAUUUGAUGAGAAAAACAAAUAUUCAUAGUAGUGAUAAUGAUCAAUUUACAGGCACGGAGACAGAUUGA